GAGAGAGACAGUGGUAUGUGUUGUAGAGUUUAGUGUAUAGGCUAUAGAGUUGUGGCAAACAAGUGGUUGAGUCAAUACAUUCAAUACAUUUCUUUGGGAUUCACCUCAAACUCCAUUCCCAUUUGCAGAAGUGGUUGUGAGAAACGAUGGAUCAGUUGUUCGGGAGUCUUAAGGGACUCAUUAAGACGAGUUCAGUGGUGAUCGACAAUCACAUCUUCCGACUUCACUACAGGGCAACUGUUGUUAUACUGAUUGCCUUCAGUUUAAUGGUUACGGGCCGUCAAUACUUUGGAGAUCCCAUUGACUGCAUAUCAAAGGACGACAUCCCGAGCAAACUUCUCGACACGUAUUGUUGGAUUCACACGACGUUUAGUAUAGAAAAUGCAUGGAAGAAGAGAGUGGGCGAUGAAGUGCCGUAUCCCGGGGUCGACAAGACUACCCCUAACGAGAAGAGAGUAUAUCACGCGUACUACCAA